GCACAUGUCAGUCAGUCAUCUAAAAUCUAAACAAGUCAAGUAAACGAAACCAAAAAAGUGGUUAGAAUAUAAAAAUGCCUCUUGAUUAUAGAAGAUUUAAUGGCCCAGACGACAGUGUGUCCUAUAAACGAUUCACACCAGACUUUUUAAAGAGUUAUGAGGAACUGUUAGGUGAUUUACUUGAAAAAAAUAAUCUUAAAGAUGAGCAAGCAUCGGACGAAGCACAAAGAGUUUGUAAAUUUUUUGCUGAAACGGACACGAUAUCCCAAGCCAAAGGUUCGGCGUAUGUAGAAAUAAAGAAUACAAAAGUUGUUUGUUCGGUAUUCGAUCCUAGAGAAAUACCUCAUCAAAAUGAGUUCAGUCACCUUGGGCAAAUAUAUUGUGAAGUUAAGUUUGCGCCAUUUUCAUGCUCAUCGCAACGGCGGCCGCCUGCUCCCGAUGCUGAAGACAAAGCUUUAUCUGAAGCUUUGAGACAAGCUAUAGAGCCAGCUGUUUGUAGACAUUUAUUCCCUAAUUAUCAGAUUGAUGUCUUUGCGUAUAUCAUAGAGAAUGAUGGAUCAUGUCUGGCUGCUGCUAUAAAUGCUGCUGGUCUAGCACUCACCGAUGCUGCUGUUCCAAUGUAUGAUUUGAUAACAGCAUCUUCUAUGGCAAUACUUGAUGACAAGAUGUUUGUAGUUCCUAAUGAGGAAGAAGAGGAACUGGCAAUGAAAAGUCAGGAAUCAAAAGAUAUCAAUCAUGGAGUUAUAACAUUGUCUAUGCUUUCCGAAUUAAGUCAAAUUACAAGUUUCAUACAAAUAGGUUCAUUGGAGACUGAUUGUGUGAUAAAAGCAAUGGAUAUCCUUGAAAAAGAAUGUAAAGAACUUGUACCGAAUAUACAGAAAGUUGUUGUCCGUAAUGUAAUAAAGAAUGUAAAACGGCAACAGAUACUACAUGAGAGUGCUAAAGAAAUGGAAGAAAUACUUGAUGAAAAAUAUAAUCUAUGGCAAAAAUCAUUAAAAGCUAAAUCCUAUUUGUGUUUUUUUCUUUCUUUUUUCUCAUUAUUGGCUUGA